AUGGAAAUUGAAGAGCCUACCGAUGGCCGCGGCAAAAUCCGCGUCGUGGCCAUCAUGCUAGCACUAUCGUUGUCCAUGUUCAUUGCAGCGCUGGAUCAAACCAUCAUGGCCACGGCUAUCCCCUCCAUAGCCGCAUACUUCCAUUCCGCAGCUGGAUAUACAUGGAUUGGAGGGGCUUACCUGCUGGCCAACGCAGCCAGCGCUUGUAUCUGGGCUAAGCUCUCUGACAUCUGGGGCCGCAAGCCCAUUCUGCUUCUGGCUGUGGCGUGGUUUUUCCUCAGCUCUAUUGUCUGUGCUACUGCUACGAGUAUGGAGGCUUUGAUCAUUGGCCGCUCGUUCCAGGGCGUUGCUGGUGGUGGUUUACUUCAGCUGGUUACUAUCAUCAUCUCGGACUUGUUUAGUGUUAGACACCGUAGCCUCUACCUUGGUCUUAUGGAAGUGAUGUGGGCGUUUGCCGGUGGUGUGGGUCCGUUGCUGGGAGGCGCUUUCUCGCAAUACGUGACCUGGAGAUGGACCUUUUGGAUCAACUUGCCCAUCUCCGGAAUCACUUUUGUCCUCCUGGUCUUCUUCUUGGAUGUGCAUAAUCCAAAGACAAAGAUGAUGGACGGAUUCCGGGCCAUUGAUUGGUUCGGGAGUGCCUCGGUGCUGGGACUCACUCUGAUGUUGCUGCUUGGGUUGGACUUCGGUGGUGGGACAUUCGCCUGGAAGUCGCCGCAGGUGAUUUGUUUGAUUGUCUUUGGGGCUCUGUGUUCAUUGCUCUUCAUUUACAGUGAGAAGAAGUUGGCCAAGUACCCGCUGAUGCCCAUGGAUAUCUUCGCGCGGUUCUCGAACAUCGCUACUUUGCUGGUGGCAUUCGCGCAUGGCUUCGUCUUCAUCGCCGGAGAAUACUAUAUGCCGCUCUAUCUACAGUCUGUCAAAGGCUCGUCCCCGAUGCGUUCCGGUGUUCUGAUCCUCCCACUGGUCGUGAUGGAAGCGUUCUCUGGGAUGUUGACUGGAGCCAUCAUCCAUCGCACAGGUCGCUACCUUGAGCUUGUCUGGGCCGGUCUGAUUUUGUUGACUAUCGGAAACGGCCUAUAUAUCAACUUGGAUAUGGACUCUUCCAUUGGAGAGAUUGUCGGGUACCAGAUUCUCAGCGGUCUGGGUGCCGGGUUCCUCUUCCAGACACCAAUCAUUGCCAUCCAGGCAAUGGUAUCACAAGAGGAUACCGCCACUGCCACUGCCACGCUCGGAUUUAUCCGCAAUAUGGCAACCGCGUUUUCCAUUGUCAUCGGUGGUGUUGUUUUCCAAAACAGCAUGGGCGAAAAACAAGGCAGCUUACUGGCUUCCGGGAUGUCAGCAGAUCUGGCCGCACAGAUGUCUGGGGACUCUGCUGCUGCGAGCAUCGAAUCUAUCAAGGAUAUCACCGAUCCUGCCCAGCUGGCUGCUGUGAGAGAGGCGUUUGCUUGGAGCUUGAGGAACAUGUGGAUUCUCUACACUUGCAUGUCUGCACUUGGAAUUCUUUUCUCGGUUUUCAUUAUGAAGGCUAAGCUGAACAAAGAACAUGUCGAAACCAAGACGGGGCUGAAUGUGGAGAAGACGCUUGUUGAGAACUCGCAGAGCUUAUAA